UAAAAAUGUUCCCUCUCUAUCGUGCUUCAAUAACACACGGUCGUUCACCUCGCUCUUACAAAACAACGUAGCUAAAAAACCACUUCAAAAUAAAGGUGUUUUUAAAUGGCGGUACUGUAGCGAGGCGAGCGGUGUGUACGUGCGUGCGUAUAUCUCUAAAAAUCCAGAUUUUUUGUAUAAUUUGUCCAAAUUUCUUUACAUGUACUCCUGAACUUGUUAGUUUGACUCUUUAUUUGGCGAUAGAUCGAAGACCCUUCUUGGCGGAAUAAACUGAAGAGUUUGUGGAGACAGCCCCACAAAGGCAUUUCCUGUCGACUCCAAGUUUAGCCUGGGUAUUUUCGUUUGAAAAAAAGCUUGUUCGAGGGACAGAGCGCCCAGAAACAAAAAAAAAAUGGCCAAAGACCGUGGAGAUGUUUCCAUCAACACUUUGUCCGCCGAAGAGGACAUUGAAAAGGUGGUAGAACGGGAAAUGGCUGCCGCCAAAGAAAACUCCACUUCUGCCAACGUUGAAGUGGCCACCAGACGUAAACCGAAGAAGGUGCAUCGUCAGAAUAGUAAGGAGGGCAAUACUAAUUCAGGAGGAUUCGUUCAUAAAGCAAGAUCUUGGAAAAACAGUCGUCGCUCACGCAAUGGCUACGGUCGCGGCUUGCCCAAAAAAGGCGGAGCCGGCGGCAAAGGAGUUUGGGGUAAACCCGGCUCAGAACUCCUGGAAGACAUUGAAGACGUGAACGAUCCCAACUUCGAUACGGAACUGGACGCGAACGAUGUAGAAUUAAAAGUAGUCGUGCCCCAAGUGCCCAGCGAAAGCUUGAAGAAAAAAUGCGAGCCAAUCAUUUUGGAGUUUUUCGAAAGCAAUGAUAUCCAAGAGGUGAUGCAAUCAGUGGAGGAAAUGGUGCCAGCCAAUCUCAGGGAUGUUUUUGUACAACAGGCUGUAGAAAUAGCCAUGGACCAUAAGCCUUCCCACAGAGAAUUGACGUCUGUGUUGAUCUCUGACCUCUAUGGGUAUGUUUUGACUGAGUCUGACAUUGUCAAGGCCUUUGAAAAUCUUCUCGCUAAUUUGAGCGAUUUAAUUUUGGAUAUUCCUGAUGCGCCGAUAGUACUUGGUAAUUUUGUUGCAAGAGCAAUUGCUGACGACUGUAUUCCUCCUCGUUUUAUCGUCGAUAUUAAAGAGAAGAGCGACGAAACUAUUUUCCAAGAAGCUUUGGUGCACGCAGACACUCUUCUCUCCAUGGAGCACGGAUUAGUACGCCUGGAUAAUGUUUGGGGCGUUGGAGGACCUCUCAGGCCUGUACAGGCUUUGACCAGGCAAAUGAACUUGCUUCUUCAAGAGUUCGUUUCUUCUGGUGAUGCGGAAGAAGCUUCGAGGUGUCUGAAGGAACUUGAAGUUCCGCAUUUCCAUCACGAGUUGGUCUACGAAGCCAUAGUGAUGGCUUUAGAAGCUAACAGUGAAAAAACAGAAAAAGCCAUCUGCAGCUUGCUCAAGGCGUUCGAUUCCAGCGUUCAGGUCACUCGCGACCAACUUGAGAGGGGUUUUUUCCGCGUGUUCGACGAUCUACCUGAUAUCUGUAUGGAUGUUCCUUUGGCCUACGUCAUUUUGGAUAGAUUCAUCGAUCUCUGUCGCCUAGAAGGCAUUCUGACUGACAAUAUCAUCGCGAGAUUCCCGUCUAGAGGCCGUAAACGUUUCGUGUCCGAAGGCGAUCAUUUUGUUACCAGGGACAAACUAAACAAGUCCAAUUCCAAUAAUGAAUAUUGAUACUGAAACAACGAUACUUACUUUGACCAAAAUUGGUUCUGUUAGAGUGCAUGGCGAGAAAUACGGCACCUCAUUAUCAUUUGAUAAUUUUCCGUAAAAUCCACCCAUUUGUAGUUUUAGGUUUUUGAAAUGUCUUUUUUGAAUUUCUUAUUUGGCUUCAAUGAAGCUACUUUGCAUAAACAAAAAAAAUAUCAAGGGAAGGUGGCUGUUUUCAUGUGUUUGUAAAAGUAAGGAAGGAAAAAGUUGUGCAUGGAAUACAAAUUGUUUCCUUCCUUACUAGCAUGAACAAAAUGGCAAACUUAUUAGUUAGGGCCAAUUCACGCUAAGGUUCAUAUUUAUUGGCUCAGCAUUUUUUGAGGACUAUAUUCAAAUGUAUGUACAGAAAGCAUCAAUUCAAUGUGAAAUCAAAUAUCAUUCUAUUGUACUUUCCUUUUUGUAAUCAAAAAUUGUUCAAAUAUAUUGCAACAUUAUAAACUACUUUAAUAAUUUUUAACAUUGUUUUAAAUAUCUCAAAUAACUAGAAAAAAGACCAUAGUUGAAAUUUCUUCACUCUGAGCAUACUGUGACUUAAUCGCCUAGUGUGAAUCGGCUUUAAAAAUCAAACUACUAUAAGUGAAGGACGUGAAAAAUAGUAUUCUAGAUUCUUAGGAAGUUUUAUAAAAUACAAUGAAUACUUGAUGCCGAAUUCAUAUUAUGUUUUAUAAUUCUAGAAAAACUAUUUUCUACUACCAGUAAAAAUUUGUAUAAAAUUUUGCUUUCACUAACAAUUGUUGCUAAUUCUCGAGCCACUCUAACACUAAUUUGAUUUAAAGUAGACAGUAAUUCUUUGAAACGUAUGCAAAUUGACUGCUGGUCUCUUAUAGUAUGUCAUUUAUUGCAUUUAUUUUUAUCGGUUUUUUUAAUCACCUUAUUCUUUGAAGUAAAUUUAUAACCUGCGUAGUUUUUAUUUCCAGCGUUGAUAGAUAUUUUUUUGUACAUGUUUUUCUGUAUGAUUAAAUAAAGAUUAUUA